CCCGGGCCGGCGUUCUACUUGGUACGCUUCAAGAUGGCGGCCCCCAUGGCGCGGUGCGGGAUGCUCCUGGCGCGGAGGGUAUCAACGCCUCGCCUUUCCCUGGCAGGUAAAAGAUGCCUACUUUCUGCAGCGUACGUGGACAGCCGCCAGUGGGAAACAAGAGAGAAAGAGCAAUGCCACCUGGCUGAUCUUGCAUCCUUAAUGGACAAGGCAUAUGAAAGGAAGUUGCCUGUUAGCUCUUUGUCAAUAUCACGGUUUGUGGACAACAUUUCAUCUCGAGAAGAUAUAGAUUCUGCAGAGUACUAUCUUUACAAAUUUCGACACAGUCCCAACUGCUGGUACCUGAGAGACUGGACCAUCCACAGCUGGAUUAGACAGUGUCUGAAAUACGGUGCGCAAGGCAAAGCCUUGUACACCCUCAUUAAUAAGGUUCAGUAUGGAAUUUUUCCAGAUAACUUUACAUUCAAUUUACUGGUGGAUUCUUUCAUAAAGCAAGAAAAUUACAAAGAUGCUUUAUCUGUGGUUUUUGAGAUCAUGAUGCAAGAAGCCUUUGAAGUACCAUCUACCCAGCUUCUCUCCCUUUACGUUUUAUACCAUUGCCUGGCCAAGAAGACAGAGCUCACAUGGGAAGAGGAAAGGAACUUUGGUGUGUCCCUGUUGCUUCCAGGCCUCAAACAAAAGAACACAGUGGGCUUGAGUUCCCAGCUGUAUGGCUGUGCACUUCUUGGGAAGGUGGAGCUGCAGCGCGGGCUGCGGGCUGUGUACCGAGACAUGCCUCUGAUAUGGACACCAGGCUACCUUGACAGAGCCCUUCAAGUGAUGGAGAAGGUGGCCUCCGCUGCUGAAGACCUCAAGCUAUGUAGAGAAGCGCUCAAUGUGCUGGACGGAGUCCUGAAGGAGGUGAUGUCUCCAGCAGACCAGGCCUCAGAGACACAGCCCCAGGAAGGUGAAGGCAGCUUGGGCUCGGCAAACCUGGUGGAGCAGCUAGACAUUGAGGAACCAGAACAUUCCAAGCUUCCCCAAUACCUGGAGCGAUUUAAGGCUUCUCUAUCUAAACUGCAGGAGUUGGGCAGAGUUGAGUCAGAGAGUCUUUUGACCCUGACCACCCAGCUUGUUAAAGAAAAACUCCCAGCAUGUGAGGCGGAGGACCUGGCCGCUUAUGAGCAGAAGCUUCGUGAGUGGCAGCUGGAGCGGGUGCAGUUGAUCCAGCGGGAACGCGAGCAGAGGGAGAGAGCGAAGCAAGAGUACCAGGCACUGAAUGAAGUGAAGACUGCAGCCUAAAGGGCCUUAGGCCGGCCCUGCUCAAGGACUGUGUGUGCAUUCAGCCCGGACAGACAGGGUGGGACUCGGCCUCUGCUGUCCUUCUCCUGCUUUUCCCACAAGCCAUGCAAUAGCCUGAAAACCACAGUGCUUCAUGUCAAGACACUGACUGCCCAUCCAGGUGUCAAAGGCCAGGGAACUCAGUGGCAGCUAACCCUCUUAUGGGCUUUCAGGGCUCACAGUGGAGACUUGAGCACGGAGUGUGAAAAUUCCCAAUGUCUGGUGAGGGU